CGGCCCUCCCCCUCCGGGGCUCAGGAUUCCCGUCCAAAUCCGAUAUUCCGAGCUCUCCAGAAAUCUCUUCCCGUUUCCCCCAUCCUCUACAAGCACAACGAAGCGAUCCAUACACAUACACUACACCGAGCCAUCAAACCAACACUUUAUCAGAUCGAACGGAACCGAGAACCGAGGCAGCAAGGGAUCGCGCGAGAAGAAUUCAGAGGAAAUCGGCAGCGAUCGAGAGGCGCGGCGAUGUUCUUCUUCUUCGUGGGCGGCGUGGAGCAGGGCGCGGGGCGGGUGCUCAAGGAGGCGGCCGGGCGGUGCGUGCGCUGCGGCGGCGCGGCCGACCUGGUGGAGACCGAGAAGGUGCUCAAGCUCUUCUUCGUCCCGGCGUGGCGGUGGCCCGGCAAGGACCCCGCCUACCUCUGCCGCGACUGCGGCCUCCUUGCGCCGUGCUCCCUCGGCGGCGGGGAGCUCCUCCCCCGCGCGGGGGCGGGGCAGUGCGGCGCGUGCAGCCGCGCCGUCGAGCCGCAGUUCCGGUUCUGCCCCUUCUGCGGCUCCGCGCUGUGAAGUGAUGGAUGCGCGUUGCAGGCGACCGCCCAGAGAGGAACAGAGUUACAGAGGUGAUGGUGCUCUCUCUCUCAACUCUGAAGACAGUAGUACUACUAGGUUUGUGCAGCAGAGUUAUCAGUAAGCUUUUUUUGGUUUUGCCAAAAUUGUGCUGCCGUGCGUCCAUGUAAAUGUGGUGAAAUGUUUGUAAUAAACGAAAUCGAUAAAAUUCGUCGCAUCAUCGGCGAAUCACACCACACAAAAUCUCAAAGCUCAGAUUUGCACUUCCAA